GCGGCCAGUGUCUUUCGGCAAGAGAGAGCGUGGAGACCGUGUCUUAGUGGCGGUCGCAUUGAUCCAGCGGCAAGGACUCUUGCGGAAGUAGAUUAAAGACAGUAGUGAAACACGAAGAAUACUGAAUGUGGUGAUUGGUGUAAUCGAAAUCGAAGCCAGCUCUUCCUCGUGAUGGGGAGGCUGUGGAGAUUUCUGCGGUCGUGUCGGCUGCGGUGGAGCCUGGCGCUGGUCCUCUGCGUCGUAGGCGUCCUCAACCUCCUGCGUCCCUUCGACCAGGGAUCUAGGGUGACCUCCAGGAUCCUCAUGGUGCACAACUCAGGCAGCUCGAUGAGAGAGGGCACACUCUCGCACCUGAGGACCUCGAUGGGCGAUGGCAGCACCAGGAGGAAAGUGAUCGUUUUGCCACGGCUGCAGGGCCACGGGGAGAUGACCUCGCCGCCCGCGGUCAAGAAGGAGCUAAGUCUCGGGGUCAAGGAGGAAGAGAACUCCGCCCGGGAGGUUCUCGACGGAGAGGUGACAGGGAGGGACGGGGCGACGCAAGAGCAGAGGGACGGGGGCGGCGCGGACAGAGCAGGGGCAGAAGACGUGACUGCGCUCAAGGGCGAAGGACACCCCGAAGACGCCAACGCCGCCCAUGAGAUUCACUCCGGCGAGCCAGAGAUCAAGCAGCCACGGCAGAGGGUGGAGGAAGAGACGAAGGAUGAGGAAAAUACCCAGAAGGAACAAGAAGACAUCGAGAUGAGCUUCCAUCAGCUCCCGCCGCAGCAGGGAGAAGACGGAGCCGUGGCAGCGAACUGGAGAAACCUGAGCACCGAUGAGCUGGGCAGGCUGUCCGUGCUGGGGCGGCGGCUGUACCUAGGCGAGCGCACCGGCACGCCCAAGGCAAGGAACUUCACCAUCCUCAUGUGGAAGACAGGGCGCAGUGUGGAGAGGCGCUUCCUCAAACAGUACGGCAAGGAGAAGAAGGACCCCUUUGCGCAUUGCUCUGUCAGAAACUGCGAAAUCACGUAUGAGGACGCGGCCGUCAACACCGCCGACGCCAUCCUGAUCCACCUGCACCGCACGAAGGGCCCGCAGGAGUUCCCCACCCGCACCAAAGCUUCGCAGCGCUGGAUCUGGCUGUCUGACGAGAGUCCGUACCACACCUUCAUGGUCGCCAAGGACAAGGACCUCAGCCAUUACAACGGGUACUUCAACUGGUCCAUGUCCUUCAGGAUGGACAGCGACAUCCCCGUGCCCUACGGAAGGACCAUCAGACUCGCAGAAGGCGAAGAAUCCAAAGAUAAAUUAGAUUAUUUCAGUACAAAAUCGAAGACCGUGGCCAUCAUGGGAUCGAACUGCGGCGGUUGGAAUAACAGGUGGAAGUAUGUGAAGGAACUCCAGAAGUACAUCAAGGUGGACGCCUACGGGAAGUGCGGAACUUUCAAGUGCCCGGGACACUUCACCAAGGACUGCACGGACCUCAACGAUUAUAAAUUUUACUUGGCCUUCGAGAACGGUGAUUGUCGAGAAUAUAUCACAGAAAAGGCCUGGUGGAAUGCCCUUGGCAAGGGAGCAGUACCUGUGGUGAUGGGAGGACCUGUGGAGUUCUACAGGAAAAUCCUACCUCCGAACUCCUUCUUGCACAUCGACGACUUCGAAACACCCAAAGACCUCGCGAGGCAUAUGUUAGCGCUGGCCACAGAUCGCCAGGCCUACAACCGCCUGCACGCCUGGAGAUCGAAGUACCGGAUCGCCAACGAGCAUGGGUAUUUUGGGUCUCCAAUUUACCAUUACUGUCGGAUAUGCGAGGCCCUGAAUUACAACGAUCCGAAGCCAAAAGUCUAUAAUCGGAUGCAGGAAUUUUGGAAUAAACAGACGCAGUGCUUCCCGCCGACGUGGAAUGACAGGUUAAAAAGGACAGAGGGUUGAUUACGGGGUUUUGUGUAAGCUUUAUCAUCCUUCAUUCUGUGUCUACCGAUGUAUAUAUAUUUUUUAUUUGUCUUUAUCCUCUUCUCUCAUAGUCUUCCUUUUAUCUUUAUGUAGAGUAAUUCGCCGCUCUAGUGAUUCAAAGAAGCCGAAUUAUCUCGAGCAGUGUUACCCAGCCAAACCGUACAGUCUGUAUAGUCAGAGUCUGUUCUCGUUGAGUGCAGACCCCUCACAUCCAUGUUCGCCACUCCAAUUUCCACCCCUGUAUCUGAAACACACGACCCUACCCACGAUUUGCAGCUGGGGAGUGAAGGGGACUGCAAGACGGUAGAGAGAGUCACGGUUAAAACUCUUUGUCUGUGAUUCGAAUUCCGUCUCGAGUGGCCAUAUCAUGUGAUCCUGGUUGUUUAGGAUAGAAGGGUGUCAAUGCCCCAUUCACGACGCGACUUUUGUCCGUGACUACCUCAUUGCUAUUGUAGCCGUCACUGCCCAACUUCCCCUAAUACAUCCAUUGCAUUCAAGUAUACUCCACCAUUUUACUCUCAAGAUCUACGACACAUAUUUACAGUAUAGUUUUUUUCUCUUUUUUUGUCAGGAAGUCUCCUCUCGGGAAAACAUUUCUCUUCACAUAUCAAAGUACCUUUACACACUGUAGUUUACCUUACAAAGAUGUGUAUAAUUUAACUAUAUAUUUUUACUCGUGACUCUAUGGUAACAGGUAAUAGGUAUGGGUGAUUAAAUAAUGAUAAUGAUACUAUUACUAUUGGUCACUAUAUUUUGGUAAGUAAACGAUGUACAUACGAUGUUUCGAUAUUCUCCAGUUCAAACCACCGUUUCUUUCUUUUUUUUUUUUUUUUUUUUUUAAACCUGGUCCGAGCAAUGUUAUGUCUUUUUCUUCAUUUUUUUUUUUUCUCUCCUCAUUUCUUGGUUCAGGUUUGUUACUCUGUAUACUGAAGCCACCAAUGACUAGAUAAUAGUUAACGAAAAGUGCUCGUGUGAAAGUGGACAGAAAAUAAUUAUGAACGGUCGAACAAGUAAUUGAAAAAGGCUGUUAGCUGAAGUAAAAAAAAAAUAUAUAUAUAUAUAUAUUUAUAUAUAUAUAUAUAUCUUUGCAGAUUAAGUAAGACAAGAAGUGAAAUGUUUGAACAUAAAUGCAAUGCGGAAUGAGCUAGCCUUGUGACUGUAAUAUUUGUGUCAGUGUAAGGGGCGUAACGUCAUCCUUGAAACUACGAUAGUCGCCUUCAUGACUGACGAAUCUUUAUAUAUAUAUAUAUAUAUAUAUAUAUAUAUGGUAAACUUGUUCCGUCGUAAUAACAUAUUCCGUGUGUGUGUGUGUGUGUGUGUGUGUGUGUGUGUGUGUGUAUUGGAUUACGGUUGAUCAUAUAUGAAAAAUAUAAGUGCUUUCGUGCAGCGUUUUAUGAUUUGACACAACUGUAACGUUUUCAUCGAUGCCUUCAUGUACCCGCUCAGUUGCUCACCAUUGUUCAAGGGAUGUUGCCAGAAUAGUUUUAAGGUUAUUUUUAUUAUCAUCAUUGUGACUUCCUUUUUUUCGGGGGUGGGGGUCCAGCACGAGUCAUAGCAUCUCUUCUUUGUACUUCGAUACGUAUUCUGUGAUAUUUAUAAUCUUAGGGAAAUGUUAAUGUAUUUCAAGCUGAUUGUGUUCUGUUGUAUGGUGCUUGCAUCGACGAUCUUUUUUUUUUUUUCUUUUCUUUUCAUUUGUAAUCCUUUGAUUGAGAUCACACGCAUGUCACUUCAUUAUUGUUUUCACAUGCAAAGGUAUCAUCAAAAGAGAACUCAACAACAUAGCACGUAAUACAUCAAUCUGUAUUUUUCCCAAAGCAACAUAUCAGUAUUUAGACAUGGGGCCACGAGGUACAUGUCAAAGAUCUUUUUUUUUAUGUAUUUCAUUCUUAUUUCAGGCAUUUAGGUCGGUUGAAAAUGUAUGCUGUAUUUUGAUAGAUAAUUUGUACGUGGAGGACGUAUAUGUAUAAAAAAAAUCAAUAAAAGAAAGAAUUA